AUGACGGACAAAGAGAUUGCGUUAUUCUUCCCGCCCUCGGAAUUUGAAAGUUAUCAGCGUCUCGUCGUGGUUCACCCGCCCGACCUUGCUGCGCUUGAAAAGCAAAGCACACAAUCCCGAACCCGUACCCCAACGAUGAACGCCUGGGUCGUUUUCAUACUUCUCGCUCACGUCACUGCCUGCUCCGGCGCGAUAUCCGGGUCCAAAAAGAACGGCGCGCUACGGAAAGCGCCGGUUGGAGACUUCAAAUGCGUCUUGGGAGGAGGUGAGCAGCUCGCUCACCCCGUGACCUUUCAGUACAUGGGCACACGCCAGCGCGAGACCUGCGUACUGACACUUACAAACCUACAGCGUACUGCGCGGCCGAGAUGGAAAGCUGCAUGCUGUGCUGGAACGUCUUGUCUCGGUGGCCUACGCCAACUGAGUAAAUUAUGA